CUUCUUAUCGGAUUCGACAGUUUGCUUUCAGAAGUCUGAAUCAAUUAAUCGUGUAUAAUUUUUGUAAUCGUAUUUCCUUCAUAGAAAAUGUCGACGCAGCGUUUCGCGGCAACGGCUCUGCUGCUGGUCCUGGCAGCGGCGACCCUGGCGAGCUCGGCCGGCGUCAACUCGACGAACAAUAGUAAGUCGCACCACCUGAUAAUCGGCAGCCGCGUCUGGGGCGACCGGCUCCUGCAGCGGGUCCACGUGCAGAAGGACUACUCCUGGUUCCGAGUGGUCAAGGAGACCAGGACCUUCCCCGGUGACGGCAUCUCCAAGAUCACCGAGAUCCAGGCUCUGGACCAGAGGAGCGACCGCAGCGGAGCCGACGUAGCGCUUAUCAAUGGCGGACCCGAUCAGACCUUUGUCACCCUGCAGUUCAAGAGCCAGAGGAGCCAGUCCAUCGACUUCGUCGUCGAGAUCUACGGAAAGCGAUGA